UUGGACUUGGGGCCAUUCUAUCUGUCUCUCUCUCUAACGAACUGUUAAAAGAAGAAAGAAAAAUAACCUAUUACAAUUCAAACCCAAAGCCUCGAUUUGUCUCUUUUAUAACUAACUCAGCUCAAGUUCGUUAGGUUUUUCUCCUAGUUUCUGUUAUUUUCUUUUGAUUUUUCUGCUUUUGUUUAAUGCUAUGAUCUUAAUCACCCAUUUACGGUGAUUUACUCUAUUUUUGCUCUUUCUCUGCUAGUAAACAAGUAUAUGCUUUAUUUGGGUAUUAUUAACGAAUUUAAAUUGUUUCAACUUAGGGGGUUUUUUUUAGCUUGAAUUGGAGAUUUGGUUUAACCAAUGAGGAAAACAAGGUGGGUAUGGAUAAAAUGAAACUAGCUCAAUGGGGUGAGAAAUUAAAAACGGGUGGAGCUCAAAUGAGUAGAAUGGUUAGUGGGAAAAUGAAGGAAAUUCUGCUAGGCCCGACACCCGACUCCAAAAUGGUCGAUGAGGCUACAUUAGAGACCUUAGAAGAACCAAAUUGGGGAAUGAACAUGAGGAUAUGUUCUAUGAUCAAUAGUAAAGAGUUUAAUGGGACGGAAAUUAUUAGGGCCAUAAAAAAGAAGAUAUCCGGAAAAAAUGUUGUUAGCCAAAGGUUGAGUCUUGAUUUGUUGGAAGCUACUACGAUGAAUUGCAAGAAGGUAGCUUUCGAGGUGGCUUCGGAGAAAGUGUUGGAAGAGAUUGUUAAGAUGAUUGAGAAUCGACAAACAGAUCAUGAGAAUAGAGAAAGGGCUUUGCAGUUGAUUCGUGCUUGGGGACAGUCUGAGGAUCUUGCUUACCUGCCUGUGUUUCACCAAACUUAUAUGAGCUUGAAAGGAAGAAGUACACAUAUUCCAGUAGAUGAUGGGAACUCACCCCCCUUGCACCAUACCUUGGAGUCUUAUAAGGGAGAGCCAUUGCCUCCCUCUGAAAAUUAUCCUGUCAAUAACACAGGUUUGCAUGGUAGUGAUUUUGCCUAUAGUUAUGGGAGUCUAUCAGUUGAACAAAAGAAGGAACUUUUUGAAGUAACUCGGAACAGCCUUGAGGUUCUCUCUAGCAUGUUGAGUACAGAAACAGAGCUGAAACCCGCAAGGGACGAGCUGACAGAGAGCAUGUUGGAAAAGUGCAAGCAGUCACAGCCUGUCAUUCAGAUGAUCAUAGAAAGCACUACAGAUGAUGAUGGAAUUCUCUUUGAGGCACUGAAUCUGAAUGAUGAAAUUCAACAGGUCAUCUCCAAAUUCGAGGAACUGGAAGCUGGUUCAAUGUCUGGACGACAGCUUAUUGAAAACUCUGGCACCGCUGCGGCUGAUGCCUCUGCUCCGGUUGAGACCCAUAACGGAAGUAUGAUGGGUGCUUCUCCUUCGGCCCAGGACGAGACCAAGACAAGUGCUUCUCCCUCGACCCAUAACGAAACCAAGAUGAGUGGUUCCACCAAAGUAGAUGGUACUGAAUCCAGCAGCAGCGGUGCUAAGAAAACAUUAAAUCAUGAUAAUUUGAAGAGUUAAAAGAGAUUCCUAGUUUUAAUUUCCGUUACACCACUUGUGCUGGUAACUUUAUAAUUGGUUUUUUUAUAAUUAGGGAAUAUGAUUGUGUAGUCCA